GGCGGCCACUUCUUUUGGGAUCAGUGUGUGGACCGCGGCCCCGGCUCGAUCGCGACGGACUGCGUGGAUGGAGAGGGGGUGGGCGCGGGGGGUUACCGUAGCCGCACAAAAGCCGUUUCUUUACCUGCCCUCCCGGUGGUGGGGCUGCACGAGGGAACGCGCCUCUAAGCUGAUUGGAACCGAAGGAUGUGAAUACCUCCGCGGGAUUAGAGGGUUAUUGGCCGAGGAACAAUGCGCCGCGGCUCGGUGCGCCAUUCCCGGCUUUUGUUGGCGAGGCGGCGGACGCACGGUCCCCGCUCUCCAGACUCCCAGCAGUGAGUCCACGCAGCCUCCCCGCUCCGUCUGCUCACCCACCCGGCGUGGAUAAUAUGACUUCCUGGCCAUUCACAUAUGGCAGCGUCCCUGUGUGUCUCCUGCUCAUCGUGGCUCUCUGCGCUGGAACUUCCCAUCCGGGCGACAACUUGUGCUCAUCUGCUCUGAUUACGUCUUGCAAAGAGUGCCUCAGACGUGGACCGCAGUGUUCCUGGUGCUUCCAAGAGGACUUUCUGGAUGGAGCGGCCGCUUGGCAUCGCUGUGACUUGCGUGUGAACCUUCUCCGAAAAGGCUGCGGACCGGAAUUCACAGAGAAAUCCGACCUCAAGGUGGAGGUCAACGGCGCCGUCAGCGGCACGCAAGUGUCGCCGCGAGACGUCAGCAUCACGCUCACGCCAGGUGCGGAGGCUAGCUUCAUAGUUAGCGUAAAGCAGCUGCCGCGAUAUCCGGUGGAUCUUUACUACCUGGUGGAUGUAUCCGCAUCCAUGCAAGAAAAUCUCGAUCACCUCAAGACUGUGGGUGUAGCUCUGUCCCUGCGCAUGGCGGAGCACUCCUCAGACCUUUGGCUCGGUUUCGGCUCCUUCGUGGACAAGCCGGUGUCGCCUUACAUCAACGUGCAUCCCACCAAGAUCAACAACCCCUGCAGUGACUACGCGAUCCACUGCCGUCCUGCCCACGGCUUCCACCACGUCUUAAGCAUGACUGGAAACAUGAGCGAGUUCACACGCGUGAUCAAACGCCAACGCAUCUCGGGGAACAUGGAUACACCCGAGGGAGGCCUGGACGCGAUGCUGCAGGCUGCUGUGUGCCAGAGAGCCGUGGGCUGGCGUCCAGAGGCCAAGCGUCUGUUACUCCUGAUGACCGACCAACCUUCUCACCUCGCCCUAGACAGCCGGCUGGCGGGAAUCGUCAUUCCUCACGACGGUCUGUGCCACCUGGAAAACAACGUCUACACUGGGAGCACCAGGAUGGACCACCCCAGUCUGGGCCAGUUGUCUGACAAACUGCUGGAAAAACACAUUUACUCCAUCUUUGCUGUGGAGAAACAGCAGUACCAGUGGUACGAGGAGUUGGUGCGCUUGCUCCCUGGCUCCUACCUGGGGAAGAUCGGUUUCUUCCAGUCCCCAAACCUCAUUGAUCUCGUGGUGGACUCGUACAAGAGCUUGUUGGCAGAAGUGACAUUGUUGGUGUCAGUGGACGACGAGGUGUUCAGCAGGUACUGGACGUCCGUGUCACCCAUCUGCCCCGAAGGGGCCACGGCCAAAGGCCAGAGCUGCCUCGGGGUGCAGCCUAACCAGACGGUCUACUUUAACGUCAGCAUCGGCCUCCACUCCUGUCCCGACCACGGUGCGGAUGAAGACAUCCUAGCCAUGGUUCGCCCUGUGGGCUACAACGAAUCCACCACCGUUCGGAUCCGCUCCAAAUGUCAGUGUCGUUGCGGGUCAACCGGACGCUGCCACGAGAACGACCGGUCGCCGUGUGGGGGGACUACGGAUGGCGGCGGUCAGCGGCACGUGCCGCUUCAGGGACUUGUUAAUGAAUCAAAGUGGAAUUGUCGAGCGGAAGGCUCUCAUGUGGACUGCAGCGGCCGUGGGGUGUGCGAAUGUGGGAAGUGUGUGUGUGAACGCAGUAGACUUGGUACGAUCUAUGGAAAAUACUGCGAGAAGGAUGAUUUCUCCUGUUCUUACAAAGACGGACUGCUGUGUGGGGGACGUGGUGUGUGUGUGUUGGGCGAAUGUGUGUGCGAGGACAAUUGGACAGGCCAUAGCUGCGGUUGUCCCAUCUCCACGGCAACCUGCCAAACACCUGACGGCUCGUUGUGCAGCGGACGAGGCGCGUGUGUGUGCGGCCAGUGCGUGUGUGACAACCACAGAUUCUCUGGAGACUUCUGCGAGAGAUGUCCUGCUUGUCAGAGCUCCUGCCAGUCACACCGGAAGUGUGUGGACUGUCACGCGUCUCAUGGUCUCAGACAACAUGAGGCGGGACACUGUAACCACACUUGCGAAUCGGACGUCUUCUAUAUCAGCGAUUUGAUGUCAGGGGGAAAUUGGAUUCAGUGUAUGCACAUCAGUGGUGACCACUGUCGCUACUGGUUUCAAACAAGCUCAGAGUCUGGACGGAACCAGCUUCACAUUAGCACAAGAGCAGAGUGCGCCAGUCGAGGCCGGCUGGUCGGGACCUUCCUGAGUGUGUGCGCGCUGACGGUUCUGUGCGGGCUGGUGGUGGUGGCAGUCUCCAGGCUGCUCCUGCAGAAACGAGGCUGGUCGCCCGGAGAUGCCGGUCAGGACGGAGAAUAUCACUGCACUAGCAAGGAAUUGUCCUUCAUCCCGACAAGCAAUGAGAAAACAGUGACUUACAGAAGAGACCGGUCGCCUGACCAUUCGUUGGAGAUGACCGUUCAAGUCAAGAUGCCCCUCGGUGAACCUUGGCAGUGAUCGGUGGGCGCAAGUGGAAGUCGAGGAGUCAGACUGUGAUCUACUUGGCUGCCGAUGGGAAAUGUCCGACGGUAGUAAGCAAUUGAAAACCUCCAUGUUAUGAUGAUGAUGUUGUUGUUUUUUUAAGACUUUGGGACUGAGAUGGCCAGUACAGUAUUUUUGGUUAUAGGGCUGCACCCCCCCCCCCCCAACUCCCUGUGCGGUGGUACUGAUGUAAGUUUUGUAAAAAGUUGAUCAUCCAGCCAUUGCCACUCUAAUUUAUACGCGUUUGCGUGCUUGUGUCUUGUGUGGCGUGAGGGCUUCGAUUCCCAAAUUUAUGAUCUAAAUAUUUUGUCUCGGGCUUAUCCUGCCCCCUUGUGGUCAGCUUGAGGUACGACUUUUUCACCAAUUCCGCUGUCUGCACACGUAGUGCAUGUUGCUUUAUGACUUUAGGGUUAAUUUAUGAUGUGCACUUAUUUUCUAUUGCGCGUUGCGUGUUUUUAAUUGAUUCGUUUCUUUCAUUUUUCUUUUGUUUCAUUUUUUGUUGACUGAUCAAUUACAUUGCAUUCAGGCUUUUUGGGCUUUUGGGGGGGUAAUUAUUAUUAUUAUUCUAUCAGAGUAGUUUCAUGUGAUUUUCAGUUGUCGAUCUGUUUAGACUUGCACUUAUUUUGCAUUGUACUACUGAGGUGUUCCAUCAUUUCGGGGCACGAGAGCCGUUCAGUGGGAUUGAAAUAACUUUUUUUGUGUGUGUGCUACGUCGGGCAUUAAGGGCACAGUAACAAAUCCACUGGAAUAACAAUAAAAGGGUACCAUUUCCUGGGAGCGUAAUAUCAUAAGCAUGAACACGUGACCUCAAAUGAAAAGUGCGCUUGCUGUAUGUUGGCCACCUGCCACAACCAACCGAACUGGACUGAUGACUUAACACUUUUGAAUCCACGGUACAUGUCCAAGCUAAGCUCGAAAGGUACUAAGAUCCUAGGUGGUAGAGUGCUCGUCCAUUCUCUGCACUAGAUGACCUUCCAGUCCUUUUCUUUUGUUUUUUUUUUCUUUUUUUAAAUGUGAUUUCAAUUUGAGACGAUUUAUGUUUACAGCAUUAGCUGCUUUAUCUUUUUUUUCUGCUAAGCCAUGAACACUACUAUUUAUUGUAAUGUAUUUUCUCAUUACUUGAUAAGUAAGUUGUACUAUUAUACAGUGAGUCUACUUGAGGUACGAUGUUGGUUACUCCCCCCACCCCACCCCCCAAAAAAAAUCUACAAUAAGUGAAUCAUCUCAUUGAAGUAACAGCAGCACUUGUUUGUAGGUUUAGUGUCCACUGUGAUUUGUUGUAUAACAUGUCUUUCUUUCACAAUAAAAGAGCCCAAGAUUGUUGA